CAGACAUGUUGCACGGCCCUCUCUCAUAGCAACAGCCUCACCAACCGCCUUCCACCGUCCUUUUCGUCGAGUUCAUGGGUGAUGCACGGAACUGCUGUCGGAGAUGAGACGAAGACGUCAGCGAACACAUCUCACGCCAAUGGAGCCGCGAUAGAAGAUGCAAAGAAUCUGAGUGAGCAGUGUGCGAGGGUUCACAAAAAGGUCUAUGACUUCUUGAACCAGACCCCAAGAAGCGAACGAGUGGAAAAUGUCCAGCGCAUGACGAGGGAGAGUUUGCGUGUGAUUGCGGAGGCCUUGAAGAGGUAUUCUCUCUCCGAACUCUCCCUCUCCUACAACGGCGGAAAAGACUGUCUAGUCCUCCUAAUCCUCUACCUGGCCGCGCUCCACACCCACUCAACAACAACCUCCACCCCUCUCCCACCCACCCUCCGAUCCGUCUACAUCGUCUCCCCAAACCCCUUCUCCGCCGUAACAACCUUCGUCACAACCUCCUCCCAACACUACCACCUCUCCCUAACUCAAUACCACAAACCCAUGCUCGAAGCCUUCAGCGCCUACUUAUCCGACUUCCCAUCCAUAAAAGCCAUAUUCGUCGGCACACGACGCACAGAUCCGCAUGGAAAAAAUUUAAAAACUUUCGACAUGACGGAUAAAAAUUGGCCGAGAUUUAUGCGCAUACAUCCCGUGAUUGAUUGGCAUUAUGCAGAGAUUUGGGGGUUUAUAAGGGAGUUGGGGGUCGAGUAUUGUGAGUUGUAUGAUUUGGGGUAUACGAGUUUGGGAGGGACGGAUGAUACGCAUCCGAAUCCUGCGUUGAAUAGAGGGGAGGGAGAGGGGUAUAGGCCGGCUUAUGAGCUUGUUGAGGAUGAGGAGGAGAGGUUGGGGAGGGAUCGAUAAUAGGAUGGAAUGUGAAUUGUAAAGGAUCUAGACAUCUAUACUUUUUUUCGGGCAGAAUUUAUUUGGAGAAUUGUAGAAAAGUAAAGGAUGCCGG